AUGAUAAAUGUGCUAGGAGGUAUCUACAUUUCCUCUAUUGAAGACAUCAACCAUGGUGUCGACUUCAAGAAACAGCACAAUAUCUCACAUAUACUUGCUUUACUUCCAGGAUCUCUCCCUGACCAAUACAUCAACAACUACGUUCACAAGCAAUUAGAGAUAACGGAUGAAACGACUACUAACAUAAUAGAUCUCUUCCCUGAUACCAAUAACUUCAUAGACGCAGCAUUAUUUCCUAAUGAAUCAAUCAGCAAUACGAAAGCGCAUAAGGGAGCAAUACUAGUUCAUUGCUCGCAGGGAAUCUCUAGAUCAGUCGCUUUCGUGAUAGCUUAUUUGAUGUUUAAGUAUAACCUCAGUUACGACCAAGCUUCAUAUGCUGUGAAAAGAAAACAUAGCGCAGCUGAACCAAACGAAGGUUUUGUCACGCAGUUGAAACUUUUUGAAGAAAUGGGAUGCAGAGUUGACAAAAGUGAUUCUUCUUACAGAAAAUUUUUGGUAUCCAACUCUUUAGCGUUAGAUCCAUCUGGUAAUAACUUAAGAAAUCAGGACAUAUAUGCUACGCUGGAAAGAAUUUGCAGACCUGAGGAAUCAAAUCUUAGAUGCAGAAAAUGCAGGCAAGUACUUGCUCUUGGUUCGCAAAUAGAGUCUCAUGAGCCGCCUGAUUCCUCUUCCGACCAAUCGCUGUUUGUAAAGACUGCCCCUAACUCAAAGAGAGUUAUUUCUUCAGUUACGGCGUCCCAGCUGUGCUCACAUUUUUUUUUGAAUGAGCCUUUAAGUUGGAUGAAGGAAGAAAUUCAAGGAAAAGGAGAAAUAGAAGGUAAGCUAAUGUGUCCUAAAUGUAAUUGUAAAGUUGGUGCGUAUAGCUGGAGAGGAUCGAGGUGCUCGUGUGGUCGUUGGAUGACGCCAGCGAUACAUUUACAUGCAUCUAAAGUUGAUAAGAUUAAAAUAUCGCCGCAAAAUACCAAAGGUUAUUGA